CGCUUCUAGAAGUGGAGCAACUCUAACAUUUCCCCCUGGGGAUCAAUAAAGAGUUUCUGAUUUUGAUAAGAUAAACCUUUAUUGGUCCCAGCAGUGACUUUUGGUUGUUCCAGCGGCGCGACAACAGUAAUGAGUAGAAAGAGAGAGAGUAAAAGAAAUACAUAAUAAAAGGUACAUAAAUCUAAAAUAAGAAAAAAAAAAUGAAACCAUACAAGUGCAUAUGGAGACAAACAUGGAGGGAAUAAAGGAAUAAAUAUUGAACGGGUAAAGUAGUAAAUUACUUUAUGUGCAAAAUAUUGACUUAUUGCUCAAAUUAACAGCUUUAAAUAAAAAAAGUGGUCUAAGGCAUGAAGGGUAUUGUAUACAGUUAAUUAAUGCUUCCUACAUAUUUCGCUGUAUUUUGCAGCCUUUGCUUCGCUCUCAAGCAUUGAUCCUCAGCUGCCACCAGGGGGCGACACUGACCUUUAAACACAACCACUCACAUCUCUCAUGUUUUUUUUUUCCUCCAGCUGUUUCAUAAUUGAACUAACGGCGCCACAGAUGUGAACUGAGUCCCACUGAGUUACACACUCUGCAUGUUGUUCCCCAAUUCCCCAGUACACACACACACAAAGACAAAAGUGUGUAGUGCGUGUGUUUGUCUAGUUUCAUGCAAUUGUGUGUGUUUGUCUAGUUGUAUACAAUUUUGUGUGUGUUUUGUCUAGUUUGUAUACAAUUCAACUUCCAUUGAAUGAGACAUUGCUUAAUAACAUGAGCUUUCUUCUCCCUCUGUGCCAAACUGUAAUGGUAGCCUAGCAAGUCAGUCAGUAUAUACCGCUCCUACCCAUCUGUCUUCCCUCUACCUGGCUCUUCAGCCCCUCUCCUUACCGGAGAUCAGAGAGCUUCUUGUGUGUCUAAACUUUCUAAUUCUCACGUGGAAGAGCUAAGCUGAAUGUACGCUGGUACACCUGCGCUGUGCUUGCUCAAUCGCUGAAGGAAUGUAGGCCUAAUAAUGUUUAAGCCUUUCCGCUGACAACGCUAUAUCGUGUGGUAAUAUGGAAUCGAAACUUUGAUCCGCCAGUAAUUAAGUUGGGGCGUACAGUAUGUUGUUGCUGAAUUUUGUGUGUGUGUGUGUGUGUGUGUGUGCGUGCGUGCGUGUGUGCGCGCGCGCGUGCGUGCGUGUGUGCCUGUGUGAGAGCACGUAGCAUACCAAGUGAGAAAGUCAGUCACAAAAGAAAGCAUUGAAACACUGAGUGCACGCGGUCGGUCCCCUCCAUGUUUCUCCUUCGUGACUGUGACUGAUCUUUGAAACUGGUCUCCCUCAGAUAGUCCCGAUCGAUCACCCAGACAGAGCACAUCCCAACAGCACUCCUAAAAUAAGAUAACCAGGCUGGAAGCAAAGUGCAAUACAUGAAGGAGAAACCGGAUUUAAGUGCUCCGACCGUGCCAUGGAUGUGAUUCUGGUCUGCGUACAAACUCCACGGAGAUCAUGACGUCUGAGUAGAAAGGAGCAGAAGUAGCAGGUUUUUUAUUUAUUUUUUUAACUGAAGAGAAACGACACUAAAAACAGACAUGUUUAACUUAAGAUGUUUUAUUCCGUGCCUUUUAGUUUUGAUUACAAAGUCUCAGAGUAUACAUGUGGUUGACCGGGAUGGACAGGCAUUUCUAGAGAAUAUUUUACGAUAUUAUGGUCAAAAUAAUUCAAUCUCACCGGAGCAUCUGGAUGAUUUACUGCUGUUGAUGUCAAACAGAAGAUCUGAGGCAGUAAGUGAAGGAAAUCCACUUGCAGACCAAGAGUGUUCCUCAUCAGAGCAGAUCUUGUCCCACUUUGGGUUGAGUAAUGUCAGUAGGUUGACUGUGGGACAUCUGGGGAGGAUCUGCCCCGCUGUGUUGACCCAGGUGCUGCUGCCCUACUGCCCCCACACCGCCCCCAAAGCUCUGCCGCCCAUCGACUACACUGUGUGGGGUUAUGGGUUUCUGGCGGUCACUGUGAUCAACCUGGCGUCUCUGCUCGGCCUCUUCCUGAUCCCCUUCACCAAGAAGUCUUAUUUUCCCAAAGUGCUGACCUACUUCAUCAGCCUCGCCAUCGGGACCCUCUUCUCCAACGCUGUGCUGCAGCUCAUACCAGAGGCUAUGGGUUUUGAUCCCAAAGUGGAUAACUAUGUGGAGAAUGCAGUUGGAAUAUUUGGAGGGUUUUAUAUCCUGUACUUCGUGGAGAAGAUGUUAAAAAUGGCUCUCAGGGUAGAGAAUGAGCAUGGCCACAGCCACUUCACUCCUGCAGAGCCACUUCAAGAAAACUCCCUCCACAACGGAGACUUGCAGGUAAAAAAGGACUCUAUCGUUUUGACCAACAUCACCACCAUCGCCACAGACAAGAGCAGCCCGAUCCCAGAACCUCCGCAUACAAACGUGACACCUCCUCAGGACAUCCAGGUGUCGGAUGUGAUGUGCCACUGGCUGCGUGGGCAACGCGUCUCCAGCAUCAAGACGGUGGCGUGGAUGAUAACUCUGAGCGACGCGUUGCACAACUUUAUUGAUGGUCUGGCUAUCGGCGCCUCGUUCACUGUGUCGGUGCUGGCGGGGUUCAGUACGUCCAUCGCCAUCGUAUGUGAGGAGUUUCCCCACGAGCUGGGCGACUUUGUUAUCCUGCUGAAUGCUGGUAUGAGCAUCCCUCAAGCCAUUUUUUUCAACCUGCUGUCGGCAGUGUCGUGUUACAUCGGCCUUGUGUUUGGAAUCCUGCUCGGAAGCAACUUUGCCCCCAAUGCAAUCUUUGCCAUCGCAGGAGGAAUGUUCCUGUAUAUUGCACUGGCAGACAUGUUUCCAGAGAUGGACAACAUAUUACGGGAACAGAGGCGCACUUCCACCAAGAUCAUCUUCUUCCUGAUCCAGAACGCAGGGCUGCUCACCGGCUUCACCAUCAUACUGCUGAUCACCAUGUUUGCAGGAAACAUCAAACUGGGCUAGAAGGGGAGGGAGACCAGAACUGGAAUGGAAAAAUAAAAGUAGAAGCUGCUUUUGUUUCUGCUCACUCAGUUGGGCAGGAAAGUGUAAAGUGAAUGUUUUGUACAAACAAAACUAAAAUGUCUAAAGGAGAAAUAAUGCUUUCAUAUCUUCUCACUAUCCAGUUAGUGGAACGUUUACUCCAUAAAAGGGAAAAUCUUUACAAUCAUUUGAUGUAUGAACUCUAGUCAAAUUGUGUUUUGAAGAGACAAUAAAUUAUUUUUUCAGUCUUCAUAUCAUGUGAAUGAUCUCACAUUUGUUAUGCCGCAUUGGUGCUCUAGUGUAAACUAAUAUAAUCCGCGUUGUCGUGACAAGUUAUAGUUUUUUGUCUGUUUGAAUAUAGUUUGUAUAUUGAUGUCUGUCAGAGUUUGUUAAGAUGUUAAUAAAACCUGUGCUCACAGA